AGAGUAUAUUGAGAUCAGAUCGGAUGCUGAUGAAACUGUGUCAGCUGCAGAUAAAAGAAGAACUUAUAACUAUAGGGUAGUAAUGAUAAAAGGAGAUGCAGCAUUGGACAUGAGAGGACGCUGUAGUGCAGGCCAGAAGGUUCUAGCUUCUCUCAUUAUUCGUUUGGCACUGGCAGAGACAUUUUGCCUGAACUGUGGAAUACUUGCUCUGGAUGAGCCUACUACUAAUUUGGAUCGUGAAAAUAUAGAAUCUCUUGCCCACGCAUUGGUUGAAAUCAUUAAAAGUCGCUCUAGGCAACGAAAUUUCCAGCUUCUUGUGAUCACACAUGAUGAAGAUUUUGUAGAGCUGCUUGGACGCUCUGAAUAUGUUGAACAUUUCUAUAGGAUUAAAAAGAACAUGGACCAAUGUUCUGAGAUCAUUAAAUGCAGUGUCAGCUCCUUGGGAAAUUAUGUUUAUUAAAUAUAGCUCUUGUGGCACAUGUAAAAACACAUUCUUCUAUGUUUUGACAUUGCUAUGUUUUGACAUUUAUUUGGGGUUGUAUUUCAAAAUGUAAUUAAAAGUACUUUAGGUUUGC